AUGAUUUUUCAAUCUUUUCUACUAGGUAAUCUAGUAUCCUUAUGCAUGAAGAUAAUCAAUUCGGUCGUUGUAGUCGGACUCUAUUAUGGAUUUCUGACCACAUUCUCCAUAGGGCCCUCUUAUCUCUUCCUUCUCCGAGCUCUGGUUAUGGAAGAAGGAACCGAGAAGAAGGUAUCAGCAACAACUGGUUUUAUUACGGGACAGCUCAUGAUGUUCAUAUCGAUCUAUUAUGCGCCUCUGCAUCUAGCAUUGGGUAGACCUCAUACAAUAACUGUCCUAGCUCUACCAUAUCUUUUGUUUCAUUUCUUCUGGAACAAUCACAAACACUUUUUUGAUUAUGGAUCUACUACCAGAAAUUCAAUGCGUAAUCUCAGCAUUCAAUGUGUAUUCCUGAAUAAUCUCAUUUUUCAAUUAUUCAACCAUUUCAUUUUACCAAGUUCAAUGUUAGCCAGAUUAGUCAACAUUUAUCUCUUUCGAUGCAACAACAAGAUCUUAUUUGUAACAAGUGGUUUUGUUGGUUGGUUAAUUGGUCACAUUUUAUUCAUGAAAUGGCUUGGAUUGGUAUUAGUCUGGAUACGGCAAAAUCAUUCUAUUAGAUCGAAUAAGUACAUUCGAUCUAAUAAGUACAUUCGAUCUAAUAAGUACCUUGUGUUAGAAUUGAGAAAUUCUAUGGCUCGGAUCUUUAGUAUUCUCUUAUUUAUUACCUGUGUCUACUAUUUAGGCAGAAUACCCUCACCCAUUCUUACUAAGAAACUGAAAGAAGCUAAGAAACUGAAAGAGGCCUCAAAAACAGAAGAAAGGGAGGAAAGUGAGGAAGAAAGAGAUGUAGAAACUGCUUCCGAAAUGAAGGGGACUAAACAGGAACAAGAGGGAUCCACUGAAGAAGAUCCUUAUCCUUCUCCUUCCCUUUUUCAAGAGGGAUCCACUGAAGAAGAUCCUUAUCCUUCUCCUUCCCCUUUUUCGGAAGAAGGGUCGGAUCCGGACAAAAUCGAUGAAACGGAAGAAAUUCGAGUGAAUGGAAAGGACAAAAUAAAGGAUAAAUUCCACUCUCACCUUACAGAGAGAGGCUAUAAAAAUAUUAAUACUAGUAAUUGUGAAAUUUAUGAUAAAAAAGAUUCUUAUCUGAAUAAUAAUAAUAAUAACACGGGUAAUCCAGAAAAUUUUAAAUUGCAAUUGCUUGAUAACGAAAAUGAAAAUCAAGACCUCUUCGGGUUUAAAAAACCUCUUGUGAGUAUUCUUUUCGAUUAUAAUCGGUGGAAUCGACCAUUUCGCUACAUAAAGAAUAAUCGAUUUGACCAAGCCGUAAAAACUGAAAUGUCACAAUAUUUUUUUGACACAUGUAAAAGUGAUGGAAAACAAAGAAUAUCUUUUACAUACCCGCCAAGUUUAUCAACUUUUUUGAAAAUGAUAAAAAGAAAGAUACCCCUAUUGUCACUCCAAAAAACGCUCCCUCAUGAACUGGACAAUCAGUGGGUUUCUACCAACAAAGAAAAAAGUAAUAAUCUGAAUAAGGAAUUUUUAAAUCGACUUGAAGUUCUAGACAAGGAAUCUCUUUCUCUGGAUAUACUUGAAACAAGGACUAGAUUGUGUAAUGAUGAUACUAAAAAAGAAUACAUGCCUAAAAUGUACGAUCCUUUGUUAAAUGGACCAUAUCGAGGAACAAUCAAAAAAGGGGUUUCACCUUCAAUCAUAAACAAUAAUUCGCUAGAAAAUUUGAAAGAGAGAGUUAGACUAAAUAGGAUUCAUACUAUCUUUCUUCCGAAUACUGAUUACCAAGAAUUUGAACAAAAAGUGGAUACGAUUGAUAAAAAACCAUUAUCAACAGAAAUUGACGAGUUCUUAACUUUAAUCAAUGAAUUUGGUAAGGAACCAAAAUCGAGUUUAAAUUUGAAAGACCUUUCUUUAUUUUCAGACCAAGAACAGGUAAGAACGAAUUCAGAAAAAGGAACUAAAUUUUUAAAAUUUGUAUUCAACGCAAUUGAUCCUAAUGAGACAAAAUCUGGAAACAAAUCGAUUGGAAUAAACGAAAUCAGUAAAAAAAAACCUCGCUGGUCAUGUAAAUUAAUCACCGAAUUGGACCAACAAUUGGGUAAAUUUGAAGAUGGCCUAUCAGUAGAUUAUCAAAUUCGUUUAAGAAAAUUCAAACGUGUAGUUAUUUUUACUGCCAACAACGAGAAGAAGGAUCCUGAUGAGACCAACGAGGAAGUGCCUUUAAUAAUCUAUUCGCAACAAUCCGAUUUUCGGCGAGGUAUAAUUACAGGCUCUAUGCGGGCUCAAAGGCGAAAAACAGUUAUUUGGAAACUAUUUCAAGCAAAUGCGCAUUCCCCCCUUUUUAUCGACAGAAUAACCCCCCCCCGUCUUUUUUCUUUUGAUAUCUCUGGACUGAUUAAACCAAUUUUUCGAAAUUGGACAGGUAAAGAGGGAGAAUUCAAGAUUCUAGAGUCUAAAGAAGAACAAACAAAAAGAGAAGAGAAAAAAGAAAAGGACAAAAAAAAGGAGAACACCAGAAAGGAAAAAGCACGGCUAGCGGUAGCAGAAGCCUGGGAUAACAUUCUUUGUGCGCAAAUAAUAAGAGGUUACAUGUUAAUAACUCAAUCAAUUCUUCGAAAAUAUGUUGUAUUACCUUCAUUGAUAAUAGCCAAAAAUCUCGGGCGUAUGUUAUUCUUGCAACUUCCUGAAUGGUCUGAGGAUUUGCAGGAAUGGAAUAGAGAAAUGCAUAUUAAAUGUACUUAUAAUGGUGUUCAAUUAUCAGAAACAGAAUUUCCACAAAAUUGGUUGAGCGAUGGGAUUCAGAUCAAAAUUUUAUUUCCUUUUUGUCUGAAACCUUGGCAUAUAUCUAAACUGCACCCCUCCCGCGUAGAGCUGAUGAAAAAGAAAAAACAAAAAGAUGAUUUUUGUUUUUUAACAGUUUUGGGAAUGGAAGCUGAACUUCCCUUUGGUUCUCCCCGAAAGCGCCCUUCCUUUUUUGAGCCCAUUUUUAAGGAACUCGAAAAAAAAAUUGGAAAAUUUAAAAAGAAAUAUUUUAUAACUUUUAUAACUAUAACUCGAAAAGUUUUAAAAGGAAAAACAAAAUUAUUUCGAAGAGUUUCAAAAGAAACCAAAAAAUGGCUUAUAAAAAAUAUUCUAUUUCUAAAAAAAAUAAAAAAAGAACUUUCAAACAUAAAUCCAAUUGUAUUAUUUAGAUUCAAAGAAAUAUCUGAAUCGAAUGAAACGAAAAAAGAAAAAGAUUAUCUAAUUAGUAAUCAAAUAAUUAACGAAUCAUUUAGUCAAAUUGAAUCUGGAAAUUGGCCAAAUUCUUCACUGAUAGAAACCAAAAUGAAGGAUUUGACUGAUAGAACAAGUACAAUAAAAAAUCAAAUAGAAAGAAUUACAAAAGAGAAAAAGAAAGUAACUCCAGAAAUAGACAUUAGUCCUAAAUCGCCAAAAAAUAUUUUCCAAAUAUUAAAAAAAAGAAAUACUCGAUUAAUAUGUCAAUUCCAUUAUUUUAGAAAAUUAUUCAUUCAAAGAUUAUACAUCGAUCUAUUUUUAUCUAUCAUUAAUAUUACAAGAAUUAAUACACAACUCCGUCUUAAAUCAACAAAGAAAUUGAUUGAGAAAUACAUUUCCAAUAAUGAAAUAAAUCAAGAAAAAAUUAAUAAUAAAAACAAAAUUAACUUUAUCUUUAUUUCGACUAUAAAAAAGUCACUUUAUAAUAUUUAUAAUAUUAGUAAGAAAAAUUCACAUAGUUUUUUUGAUUUAUCCUACUUGUCACAAGCAUAUGUAUUUUACAAAUUAUCACAAACCCAAGUUAUUAAUUUGUCUAAAUUUAAAUCUGUUCUUCAAUAUAACAGAACGUCUUUUUUCCUUAAGACUAAAAUAAAGGACUAUUUUAGAACACUAGGAAUAUUUCAUUCUGAAUUAAAACAUAAAAAACCUCAGAGUUAUAGAAUCAAUCAAUGGAAAAACUGGUUAAGACGGCAUUAUCAAUACGAUUUAUCUAAGAUUAGAUGGUCUAGAUUAAUGCCAAAAAAAUGGAGAACUGGGGUUAAUCAAAGUUGUAUGGCUCAAAAUAAAAAUAGAAACUUAAACAAAUGGAAUUCAUAUGAAAAAGACCAAUUAAUUCAUUACAAAAAAGAAAAUGAUUCUGAACUCUAUUCAUUAUCAAACCAAAAAGAUAAUUUUAAAAAAUGUUAUAGAUAUGAUCUUUUAUCAUAUAAAUCGAUUAAUUAUGAAAAUAAAAGUUACUCAUUUAUUUCUAGAUUACCCUUUCAAGUAAAUAAGAACUUCGAAAUUUCUUAUAAUUCCAACACGCCCAAACACAACCCUUUUGAUAUGCCCGACAAUCUUCAUAUCAAUAAUUAUCUAAUAAAAGGCAAUCUUCUACAUCUACAUAUAGAAAGAAAUCUCGAUAGAAAAUAUAGAAAAUAUUUUGAUUGGAAAAUUCUCCAUUUUUCUGUUAGACAAAAAGGAGAUAUUGAGGCCUGGGUUAAGAUCGAUACCAACAGUAAUCGAAAUACUAAAAUUGGUAUUAAUAAUUAUGAAAUAAUUAAUAAAAAAGGACUUUUUUAUCUUACAACUCAUCAAAAUCCAGAAAAAACUAAAAAAAAUUCGAAAAAAGACUUUUUUGAUUGGAUGGGAAUGAAUGAAAAAAUAUUUAAUCGUCCCAUAUUGGAUAUGGAAUUUUGGUUCUUCCCAGAAUUUGUACUACUUUAUAAUGUAUAUAAAAUAAAACCGUGGAUUAUACCAAGCAAAUUACUUCUUUUAAAUUUGAAUACAAAUGAAAAUGUUAGUAAAAAUCAAAAUAUCAAUAAAAACAACAAAAAAAACUUUUUUCUACCAUCAAAUAAAAAAAUAAAGAAUCGAAUUCAAGAAGCAAAAGAACCCGCAAGUCAAGGAAAAAGAGAGCGUGGAUCAGAUAUAGAAAACAAAGGAAAUCUGGGCCCUGUUUUCUCAAAACAUCAAAACGAUCUUGAAAAAGAUUACGCGGAAUCAAACACAAAGAAGGGUAAAAAUAAAAAACAAUACAAAAGCAACACGGAAGCAGAACUAGAUUUGUUCUUGAAACGUUAUUUGCUUUUUCAAUUGAGAUGGAACGAUACUUUGAAUCAAAGAAUAAUCGAAAAUGUAAAGGUAUAUUGUCUCCUGCUUCGACUGAUAAACCCAAACAAAAUUGCUAUAUCGUCAAUUCAAAGGAGAGAAAUGAGUUUGGAUAUAAUGCUGAUUCAGGCGAAUUUACCUCUUACAGAAUUGAUGAAGAAGGGGUUAUUGAUUAUCGAACCUAUUCGAUUGUCUGUAAAAAAUAAUGGACAAUUUAUUAUGUAUCAAACCGUAGGUAUUUCAUUGGUUCAUAAAAGUAAACACCAAACUAAUCAAAGAUACCGAGACCAAAGAUAUGUUGAUAAAAAUCAUUUUGAUUUGCUUGUUCCUGAAAAUAUUUUAUGGUCUAGACGUCGUAGAGAAUUGAGAAUUCGAAGUUUUUUUAAUUCUUUGAAUUGGAAUGGCGUCGAUAGAAAUUCAGUAUUUUCCAAUGAAACUAAUGUAAAAAACUGGAGUAAAUUUUUGGAUGAAAGGAAACCUCUUUAUAAAGAUAAAAAUGAAUUAAUUAAAUUAAAGUUCUUUCUUUGGCCUAAUUAUCGAUUAGAAGAUUUAGCUUGUAUGAAUCGUUAUUGGUUUGAUACCAACAAUGGUAGCCGUUUCAGUAUCUUAAGGAUACAUAUGUAUCCACGAUUGAAAAUUAAUUGA